CUGACGUUAGCCUGUCAAUGUCAAUAUGUUAACCUAUAAGUUUUUGAGCUAAUUUUUGUUAUUCGAAUUCUAAAGUCAAAAAAAUGCUGCAAACUGGCCGCAAAAUAAAAAACCUUUGUGCUACAGCUCAAGGCUUAUAUUUGAACCAUUCAAAAUUGAUAAGUGAAACUGGUGUGAAGUGUUCAGUGGCUUACUUUCAAACUAGAAACAAGAAAACAGAUUCUACCUCUAUAUCUUCUUUAUUCGUUCCUGUACAGAUAAAACCCAAUCCGGAUGACAUAAAUGUUGGAGCUGAGCUAACAGGUUCUCUGAAUAAAGCGGAUCUAUUGAAGGUUUUGAAUAAAUUUUACCAAAAAAAGGAAAUAAAGCAAUUGCUAACUGAUAAUGGCUUAGACAGUUAUCUUCAACAUCAAGCAUACGUGAGCUUUCGACGAUACUGUUUGGAAGCUCAGACCUUACCAGUAGACGUUCAUGUAGUUUUCAGUGAUAUCUUGCAAGGAUCUGGAAACGUAACUGAUAUUUUCCCUUAUUUCCUGCGACACGCCAAGUUGAUGUUUCCCCACUUGGACUGCAUGGAAGAUUUGAGAAAAAUUUCAGAUUUGCGGACACCAGCCAAUUGGUACCCACAAGCUAGAGCAGUAAAUAGAAAAAUAAUUUUUCAUGCUGGUCCAACCAAUUCAGGUAAAACCUACCAUGCCUUAGAACGUUUCAUAACUGCUAAGUCAGGAGUAUAUUGUGGGCCGCUUAAACUUUUGGCUAGUGAGGUAUUCAAUAAAACGAACAACAGAGGUACGCCUUGCGAUUUGGUGACAGGGGAAGAACGAAAUUAUGCUGACCCAUCAGGAAAUCCAUCUGGGCAUGUUUCUUGCACAGUUGAAAUGACAUCUGUUACUAGUCAAUAUGAGGUGGCAGUCAUUGAUGAAAUACAAAUGGUUAAAGAUCCCCAAAGAGGAUGGGCAUGGACCAGGGCUUUCCUAGGGCUCAUUGCCGAAGAGAUUCACCUGUGCGGUGAAGCAGGCGCUGUUGAUUUGAUCAGACAGAUUUGCCUGACCACUGGUGAAGAUUUAGAGGUUCGUAACUAUAAAAGACUGACUUCGUUAAAAGUUGAAGAUUCUGCUGUAGGGUCCCUCAAUAAUGUUCUUCCAGGAGAUUGUGUGGUCUGCUUUAGCAAAAAUGAUAUUUAUUCCGUGUCGAGGGGCAUAGAGGCUACUGGUAAGGAAGUGGCUGUGAUAUACGGGGGUCUCCCACCAGGAACGAAAUUAGCGCAAGCUGCAAAAUUCAACGACCCCGACAAUAGCUGUAAGAUAUUAGUAGCGACUGAUGCCAUUGGAAUGGGUCUUAAUUUGAGUAUACGUAGGAUAAUUUUUUAUUCCCUUAUAAAACCGACCAUGAAUGAGAAGGGGGAAAGAGAGAUGGACACAAUAUCGGUUUCGUCUGCUCUGCAGAUUGCAGGGAGAGCAGGAAG